UCAUUUUACCUCAGAGCGUAGAAGGGCGAGAUAACGCCGACCAGGGAGCACUUUGUUCAGGAGGCGAGCACAAGUUGUGCGCGCCAUGGGGUUUGUCUACUGCAAGGCACAGUUGGCACUUUCCUGAAACUUCUGGAGACAGCUGUGCCCCAUUUUCUCUCUCUUUUCUCCCCCUCUCAGUUACUAGUUAAUUUAUUCACAUCAAUAUCUCCCAAGAGGAGCGGUCGCCGGUUACUUCAACGUUAGCUUUGUGGUGCUGAAGUUAUUUCCAGUUGAGUCGAGUUCACGAGUGGAGGAAACGAGGCAGGAUGUACCAUGAAGACACCACAACGUUACAGAGGCCACGCUAUGGAACUAUUCAGGAUGAUGAAAGGCUGUCAGCAGAAGAGAUGGAUGAGAGGAGGCGGCAGAACAUCGCCUACGAGUACCUGUGUCACCUAGAAGAAGCCAAACGGUGGAUGGAGGCCUGCUUAGAGGAGGACUUGCCACCUACCACAGAACUGGAGGAAGGACUUAGGAAUGGUGUCUACCUUGGCAAACUUGCCACAUUUUUUGCACCAAAAAUGGUUUCAGAGAAAAGGAUCUAUGACAGAGAUCAGUCCCGUUAUAAGAGCAAAGGGCUGCACUUCAGGCACACUGACAAUACAGUGCAGUGGCUCAGAGCCAUGGAGUCAGUGGGCCUCCCCAAGAUAUUCUAUCCUGAGACGACAGAUGUGUAUGAUCGCAAAAACAUGCCCAAGGUGGUAUACUGCAUUCAUGCACUGAGCUUGUACUUGUACAAACUGGGAAUUGCACCACAGAUCCAAGACCUGCUGGGGAAAGUGGACUUUACAGAGGAAGAGAUCAGUAAUAUGAGGAGUGAACUGGACAAGUAUGGCAUACAGAUGCCAGCUUUCAGUAAAAUUGGAGGUAUCCUGGCCAAUGAGCUCUCAGUGGAUGAAGCUGCCUUGCAUGCUGCUGUGAUUGCCAUCAAUGAAGCGGUUGAUAGAGGUCAAGCAUCUGUCACAAUGGGAGCCCUGAACAAUCCUAAUGCAAUGCUGAGGAACACACAGGAAGCUCUGGCCCAAGACUACCAGGACACACUGAGCCAGUCCAAGGCUCGUAAGCGGGAUCAGUCCUCAGGGAGGUGGUCCUCAGUUGCUGCUGAAGAAAGAGAUGUUUAUGAGGAGCUGCUGACUCAACAGGAAAUCCAGACGUGCAUUGAUUUGGUCAACAUUCAGGCAGCAAUAAGGCAGGUGAAUCAAGCUGUGUCGAGCCAGGAUAAAGCUGCUCUGCUGGCUGCGCUUCGGCUGGAAGCUCUGGCUUUGAUCGGUGUUCAGGAGUCAAACGGCCGCUGGUACCUGGAACAGUUUACCAGCUACUGCCAGCAUAAAUCUAAGGAUGGUGGGAGGGUCCUAAUACUGGACAAGGAAGAGAUUCAACGAGUUGUCAGCUCUUGCAAUGACUUUGCUGAGGCAGAGAAACGAAAACUUGAAGCAGUUGCAAGAAUCAAUACAGCCAUUCGCCUCGGCAAUGCUUUGGAAACGGUGGAGGAGCUGAUCAACCCUGAGGCACAGCUGCCAAUUGUGUACCAAACUGCUGCCAACCUCUACCAGGCUGAGCUUUUCAGUUUGCAGCUACAAGGGGGACGGUCUGGACUGAGCCAUGAGGAGCUGAGUGUAGCUGUAGAGAUGCUGUCAGCUGUAGCAGUGCUGAAUGAAGUGCUGGACACCAAAGAUCCUCAAGCUGUGAUUGAGCAACUAACUGACUCUCCCCUGGGCUUUACCAACAUAGACCAAGACAACCUUAACAGGUAUGCUGACAUGCUUAUCAAAGAGCGAGCUGAGGCACUUUCCACGGGCCAAGAGUUUCUCACCUGGAAUGAUGUUCAGAAAUGCAUCGACACAGUGAACGUUCAGGUCCAAGAAGAGCAUGAACGUAUCAUAGCCAUAGCUGAGAUCAAUGAGGCACUUAACUCAGGAGAUCACAAGCAGACGCUUACAGCUCUGCUCCUCUCUACAGCCAAGUUGACAGGGGUGAACCCAGCCACAGCCAGACACUACCAUGAUGUCCUACAAAAUACCAAACAGCAUCUCUGCCAGAGCUCCGGUGAUGAAUCCGCAGUGCUGUGGUGGGACCAAAUCCAAGAGGCCAUACUGACCGCUAACCAGGAUGAAGAGGAGGCUCUCACAUUGGCUGGAGCAGUAGCUUAUAUUAACAGGAUGGUGGGUGAGGGGGACUCCCAGAAUACACUGCAGGCUUUGCAGGCUCCCACUGCAGGACUGAGAGCAGUUCUUCCUGAAUGUACCGACACAUACCAAGCUGAACUUUUGCAGAGACAAAGAGACGGUGCUGUUAAAGGCAGCACUGAUAGUGUGUGGGUAAAACACUGCAUCAAGGACAGAUAUGACUAUUUCUAUAACCUGCAAACUGGAGAGGGCACAUGGGAGGAGCCUGAAGAGUUUGAGCACAAUAGUGGCCAUCUCAGUAAAGAAGAAAUCCAGAAUGUUGUCAGCUGUGUGACUGCAGAGUAUAACAGGGAACAACUUUGGCUGGCCAAUGAGUCCUUUGUGACCAUGCUGCAGGCAAGAAUCAGAGGUUACCUGGUCAGGAAGAAGCAUGCGCAGAGAAUGGAGUAUCUACAUCAACAAGAACCACAUGUUGUCAAACUGCAGGCUUGCUGGAAAGGUUACAAACAGAGGAAAGAGUAUAAAGAAAGGAUGAAUUUGCUUCAGAAAAAUGUUUCUUCUGUUGUCAAGAUCCAAUCUAUUGUAAAGAUGUGGAAAGCAAAACGUGAGUACAGUCGGAGGCUACAGUACUUCAAAGAUCAUGAAAAAGAAAUUGUGAAAAUCCAAGCUUUUCUAAAGGCCAACAAAGCCAGAGAGGACUACAGAACACUAACUGGAGCCAAGGAUCCUCCGUUGUCAGUGGUGCGCAAGUUUGUCCACUUGUUGGAGCAGAGCCCCCUGGAUUUACAGGAAGAGCAGGAAAUGACACAACUUAGGGAGGAAGUAGUCACAAAGAUUCGCUCCAAUCAACAGAUGGAGAAAGACUUGAACCUAAUGGACAUAAAGAUUGGACUGCUAGUGAAGAACAGGAUCACCCUGCAGGAUGUUGUGUCCCAUAAUAAGAAAAUGAAGAGCAAGAAAAAUAAAGCGAGUAAAGAUGACCCGAUGGCAGGAGACAGACUUGGCAUUAAAGGCCUAAGUAAAGGCAAAAGAAGAAAGCUCGAGGCCUUCCAACAUCUCUUUUACCUACUACAGACCAAUCCAUCCUACCUGGCUAAGCUGAUCUUCCAGAUGCCCCAAAACAAGUCCACUAAGUUUAUGGACACCGUCAUCUUCACACUGUACAACUAUGCCUCUAACCAGAGAGAGGAAUACCUGCUGCUCAAACUCUUCAAGACUGCUCUAGAAGAGGAAAUCAAUUCUAAGGUAGACCAGAUCCAAGACAUAGUGACAGGUAAUCCAACAGUCAUCAAGAUGGUGGUGAGCUUCAACAGAGGCGCACGUGGUCACAACACCCUCAGGCAGCUGUUGGCUCCAGUCGUCAAAGACAUCAUCGAGGACAAGAGUUUGGGCAUCAACACCAACCCUGUGGAUGUGUACAAAGCCUGGGUCAACCAGCUGGAAACUGCUACUGGAGAGGCCAGCAAGCUGCCUUAUGAAGUGACUCCUGAGCAGGCCAUGUCACAUGAGGAAGUACGCAACAGGCUGCAGGCAUCCAGUCAGGCACUGCGUUCUGCUACAGAUAAGGUCUUGAACUCCAUUGUGUCCUCACUGGAUAAUCUCCCUUAUGGCAUGAGAUACAUAGCUAAAGUUCUGAAGAACAGCCUCCAUGAAAGGUUUCCAGAUGCCUCAGAAGAUGAGCUGUUGAAGAUUGUAGGCAACCUGCUGUACUACCGCUACAUGAACCCGGCCAUUGUGGCCCCUGAUGGCUUUGACAUCAUCGACAUGUCAGCAGGAGGGCAGCUUCAUCAAGACCAGCGUCGUAACCUGGGAUCGGUGGCAAAGAUGCUCCAGCACGCUGCUGCCAAUAAGCUGUUUGAGGGCGAGAAUGCACAUAUGACACCGAUGAACAACUACAUAUCGCAGACAUAUGAGAAGUUUAGGUUAUUUUUCCAGUCAGCAUGCGACGUUCCCGAACCCGAGGAGAAGUUUAAUAUUGAUGAAUACUCUGAUAUGGUGACCUUAAGCAAACCCAUCAUCUACAUAUCAAUAGAGGAGAUCAUCAACACACACUCGCUGCUUUUGGAGCAUCUGGAGGCCAUAUCUCCAGACCGCAAUGACUUGCUGCAUGAGCUCCUGCAGGACCUCGGAGACGUGCCCGAUGUAGAGACAUUGCUCGGUGAAGGAGCUGUUGACCCAGAUGAUCCAAACAGAGAGAGUGCUCUGAGCCAGCUGGCGAAGACUGAGAUCUCCCUCACUCUGACCAGCAAGUUUGAGCUGCUGGAAGGAGAUGACAGAGACUUGAAGACUCUCAGUACAAAGACAAAAAAACUAAUUGUGGAUGUGAUUCGGAUCCAACAUGGAGAGGCGUUGCCUGAAAUUCUUGAGACCCCAGCCACCGCAACACAGGAGUCAGAGCAUACUAAGAUUGUACAGCGCAGGGCUGUCCAAGAUGCCCAAACACCGGAGGGUCUGAAGAGCAGCCCGGCGGUAUUUGAGGACAGUCAGCUACCGCUCGAGCAGAAGAAGAGGAAGAUUCUUAGGAACCUUCGUAACCUGGAGCAGGCUGGCCUUGUCACUGCGAGUAACAAAUACCAGGACCUCAUCAAUGACAUAUCAAAGGACAUCCGCUACCAAAGACGCUACAGACAGAGGAGGAAGGCCGAGCUUGUGAAGCUCCAGCAGACACUGACAGCACUCAAUUCAAAAACUGCCUUCUACCAGGACCAGAUGAACUACUAUGAUGCCUACAUAAAGACUUGCCUGGAUAACCUGAACCGGAAGAAUUCGCGCAGAUCUAUAAAACUGGACGGCAAAGGAGAUGAUAAGGGCAGUAAGAAGUGGAAGCCCCAGUCUCUGAAGUACACUGCAGCAAAACUGCAUGAGAAGGGAGUCAUUCUGGAGAUAGAGGGCCUUCAGACAAACCAGUUCAAAAAUGUUAUGUUUGACAUUUCUCCCACUGAGGAAGUUGGAGACUUUGAGGUGAAAGCCAGGUUUAUGGGGGUUGAGAUGGAAAAAGUCCAGCUUCAUUUCCAGGAUCUCCUUCAGCUGCAGUACGAAGGCGUGGCUGUCAUGAAAAUGUUUGACAAAGCUAAAGUGAACGUCAAUUUACUCAUCUUCCUCCUGAACAAGAAGUUCUAUGGAAAAUGAAAAAAAGAGAGCGAGAAACGGCGGUGGGAGAAACCCGGUUGUGCCUUUUGACAGAACUGUUUGUAGAACACGAAACAUCACAUGGUGUCGAGUUUUGUUUCCACUGCUUAUAAUUUGAUGGAUCACACCAAAAUGAAAUGUUAUCGUCCACUUUAUAUUGCUGUAUCUUUCCACAUGGUGAUUGUAAAUGUAAUGUAUUUUUAAGAAUUGAACUGUAGUGGUGGUCACUUCCAUGUGUUAAAGAUGUGAGGAGGCUUGUUGAGAAACCUGAAGGCUAUGGGUCUUAUUUCAGAAAUGGAACAAUGCAGCAACUUCCAGCUGUCUUACAUCGCUGUAUGUAAUACUAAAGUGCCUUUUUAAUUAAAGAAUUUAAAGAAAGUUAUUUUAAUUAAUAAAACAUUUGAACAUUUUAAA